CGCCAUCGCGCCUGAGACAGUGAGACUCAUCAUGGAAGAGAAAGAGAGGCAGAGAAGAAGCCUUUGGCCUGCGAAAACCUUGUUGAAUCGACGUGACAUUUUGCCGUGUAAUGUCGCUCAUGAGUGGACCGCAAGCCCGAUGGAGCCGGGUAAGUUGGCCAGAGAUGGAGGCUCUUUGAUAGCAUUUUGGAACGCAUUAUUGAGGUAGGGUAGUGUAAGCCUCUCUCUCCCUCUCUCCCUCUAGUGUGUGAGGUAGGUACGGACAGAUAGGUAGGUAACAUGCAGAAUGAGGAAUCACUGUUCAAGGGCUUGGUGACCAAGAAGCGGGGGAUAACUGAACAAUACAUCAAAAGACCAGACCUCAAACAACAUGAACAAAACCUUGCCGUACGCCUCACCGUCGUCGUACCCCUCGCAACGUUGCCUCUCUCUCUCCUCUUUCUUUCUCUCACACAUACCUUACACACAGUGGCUAAAGCCCAAGACUCAAGGGCAGACUCCGCGGAAAGCUUCUCGAGUGUGUUUGUUUCCCCCAAGUUUCCGCCUCAAGCGAACAGACGCAUCAGGGCCGUUGCGAGGACUGUGCGGCUUCUAAAUCUCGUGUUUUGUAGCCCAGCUUUGCUUUGCUAUACUUUGCUUUGCUGUACAGUGAUACCGUCCGUUGUUCCAAGGUUAUACACACACAGCGCACCUUGGAGAGAUCCCUCUUUGCAUUGGAGCCUCAGCCCAGUACAUUUCCUUUCACGGGCUGCUGCGACAGCACACAAGUGACAAAGGAAGAAGCAUUGGAAGCUUGUUACCGCCGUCCUCUCCCCCUCC